UAGUAAAUUCCGGCGUCGCUAAGUGUCUACGUUGGUGUGGCUCGUUUCUAGCCUAGAUCCAAGUUGCACUGCAGCCGGGCUCGGCUCACCUUCAGCCGUGGCCCAGGUUAGCAUGGGUCCGAAGCCAAGGAGAGUGGUUAGCCCCCCUGAGGACGACAUGGAAGAAAUUAAGAAAUCUCUUGAGUUCUUGUCGGCUGAGAUCGCAACAAUUGCUGACCAGCAAAAGAAAAUUGUGGAUCUGAUGGGUGACAUUCAGUCACUCAAAAGACUGAACACGGAGAAAGACAAAGCUAUAAAAGUUUUGGAAUGUCGCCUGGCCAACUUGGAGCAGUACUCCCGCAUGAACAACGUGAUCGUCAGCGGACUUAAGACCAAGCAUCGGUCAUACGCCAGUGUGGCAGCCCGGGAGAACGGUCCCGUAGGGCGGGAGGGAGUUCAAUCGGAGUCAGAGGUGGAAUCACUGGAGCAGCAGGUGGUCAGCUUUUUGGGGAGCAGGAGGAUCUCCGUGGACAGGAGCGACAUUGAAGCCUGUCACACCCUGCCUACGAGAACCAAAGGAGCAACACCAGCGAUCAUCAUUCGCUUCACCAACAGAAAGAACAAGAUCGCGAUCCUAAAACAGGGUCGCAAAUUAAAAGGAACGGAGGUGUACGAACACCUCACAAAAAGGAAUGGUGAGAUCGCCAGGCGCGCACGAAUCCUGAGGAAGCAAAGCAAAAUUCAGUCUACAUGGACUGCCAGCUGUAAAGUGUUUAUCAAGCUGAAUGGUACGACCCCAGAAGAGGAGAAAGUCAUGGUCAUCAACGACAUCAGUGAUUUGGACAAAUUCGAUAUCUGAGGAACUAUCUGCGGCGAGAGUCACCACACAGCUGCAUGACCAAUUCAACAAGGACGGAACAAACAACCUCUGGAUUCAUGGAAGUUGGCUUCCAAACAAAUUCUCUCCACACAAAUAUAUUGUUUGGAAUAUUCAAUAUUCCAAACAUACUAAAUAUCCUUUUUUUUUUUUUGUUCAAAAAAGACUCCUUAUGUCGUAUUAUUCAUAUACUUUUCAAAUGUUCUUAUAGUCAGACAAUCUUUUCAGUAUAUUAGAGGGAAUCUUUACCUGACCUGUUUGGACUGGCAUCUGCAGUCUUCUUCAGAAGGGACACCUGACUGCUGUGAUUUGUUGCCUAUCAGCUCUUCUUAUAGGCCUGGACAACCAGGCAGACUACUUGAUGGUCA